CCCUUCCGGCUCCUGGGCUUCCCACCUUCCCGCCAUCACGCCUUCCCACCAUUGCAGCUCGCAGCCCUAGGCCUGUUCAGUGACUGCGAAUCGCACAACUCACGAACCCCUGGACAGACACAGAGGGAUCCUGGAGGGAGCCGUUCCUGGUCAGGCGGCCCGCUCUCCCUCACAGCCACCGCCAUGAACAUUCGUAAUGCCCGACCCGACGACCUGAUGAACAUGCAGCACUGCAACCUGUUGUGCCUGCCUGAGAACUACCAGAUGAAGUACUACCUCUACCACGGCCUGUCCUGGCCCCAGCUCUCCUACAUCGCCGAGGACGAGGACGGCAAGAUCGUGGGCUACGUGCUGGCCAAGAUGGAGGAGGACCCGGACGACGUGCCGCACGGGCACAUCACCUCGCUGGCCGUCAAGCGUUCGCACCGGCGCCUCGGCCUGGCGCAGAAGCUUAUGAACCAGGCCUCCCGCGCCAUGGUCGAGAGCUUCGGCGCCAGGUACGUGUCCCUGCACGUCAGGAAGAGCAACCGCGCCGCCCUGCACCUCUACGCCGACACCCUGGGCUUCCAGGUCAGCGAGGUGGAGCCCAAGUACUACGCGGAUGGGGAGGACGCCUAUGCCAUGAAGCGGGACCUUUCGCACAUGGCCUACGGAUUGAAAUCGCGGCAGCCCGAGCCCGGUGAGCAGGGCGGGUUUUGGGGGAUGAGCUCCCCAUUGUGCCCUGGCUCCCAGGAUGCCUGCCCGCCGGUGAGCACGGCCACGACUGCUGCAGACGCCAGUGGCAACCAGGAGCCCAGCCACAACAAUGCAGAAGACUCUGGGUUCACCUCCUAGAGCCUGCUUGAGAUUUGCAGGCCAUCAUGUCUCAACCACAUCUGCCCUUAAAUGCCAGCUCAGUCUGUCUGCUCUCCACCAUCUGCACAUUGUGGUCACCCUGAAGUGACACAAAUGUCUCAACAACUGUCCAUAUACUGUACUGGGAUCAUGAAGGAAAAGCUGGACAGAAGAGCCAAGGAAGUGUGAAGCUUCCUAUUAGAGAAUGUCAGGGGCCUGCUCACACCAUGCCACCGUUUCACAUGUUUGUAGUAGUCCUGUGCUGGGUGUGCUUAUCCUGCAAGCUUGUCUCCUCCUAGAAUGCCAAGCAGAAAGCAGGGUGAACUCUUGAAGCUCCCAAGCUUUCAGUUCAUGCCAUUAUUGAUCUGGGUUUUCGUCCUUGAGGAGGUAGUCAGGCUGAUCAGGUCACACCUCACGCCCCCUUCCUCCUCCUUUAUGGCAGAAGUGUCCUAUGUCCUCUUCCUUUCUCUGGAAGUGCCCCUUUGUCCCAUCCUCCUCUCGAGGCGGUGUUCUCCUUCCGCUUCCCAGAGGGAGAAGGUGUAAGUAAGGGCUUCUGCUGUGUAAUCAGAACUUGGAGAUUUCAAGAAAAGGCUAACCAGUAAUUAAAUUGAAUUUCAGAUCCAUUUAUCUGUGUGAACUUGUCUUUUGUUGUGUUGUGUUAUUUUUGAUGAUGUAGCCUGUCAUUUAUUGAGCAUGCAUGAUGUUCAGGCGUAUUGUUAAGGCCUUUUUAUUUA